GUUUUGUUUACUUUUUGUCCUAAUACCGACCAGUAUCUACUUGCGAAACGGACUUUGAUAAAAAAAUUAAUACUUAUUGCAUUAGUUCUAUGGCGUUCAAUUAUUUUAAAAUCUUUAGUUAUUUAAUAUUAAGGUGAUACUUCUUAGAGUUCUUAGUUUUUAUAUCAAUUUAUACGACUUAUAUAUAUGGCUUUGCAUUUGUCAUAUCUUCAAAUAAUAGAAAAUUUUAUUUUACAGUAAUAACAGUAAAGUUAUACAAUAUAUAUUUAUAAAAUUUUAUUAACUCUACCUGAUUAAGUCAUGAUUAUUGAAGUGUUUACAACCGCAGUGUUCUAUAAUUAUUGGAAAGUUUUCAAAUAUGGCUUUAUACAAUGCCGGUAACGAUGUGUCCUUAAACAAUACUAACGACUUGUCAAACGAUACUCAUAUUUAUGAAGACUUGUCUAUAAUUCCAUUAGAAAAGGACGGUUUUGCAAUAUGUGAAUUGUGCGGACGUGUUGGUCGUCGAGGUCAAUUUUAUCCACGGAAUAACAAAUUUUGUUCACUGAGAUGCCAUGCAAGUAGUACAAGACGACGUUAUUGUAAUUGGAGGUUUAAGCUAAUGGAAGGAGCUGAGCAUAUGGCGGGUCUAAUUCCCUUAGAACCAUUGCCACAAUUACAGCAUUGGCAGGCAAAUUUUAAUGAUUUACAGGCUGGCCCAAUUAAGCAUUCAGCAGCUUUAGUAGCUAACAGCUAUGAAUGGAAAGAUGAACUGUUUGGCUGUGAUUUUCUGGCAGCUCCAGUCAGCUUAUUCAAGCAUGCUCCUUUACAUGAAAUGUGGGAUAAUACAUUUGAGGGCAUGAAAGUGGAAGUAAAGAAUUCGGAUUGUGAAAAUUUUUCUGAAAAAUUGAAUGAUUACUUCUGGGUUGCAACAGUGUUAAAGGUGAAAGGUUAUAUGGGCCUUUUGCGUUAUGAAGGUUUUGGAAGUGAUGAUUCUAAAGACUUCUGGGUUAACCUUUGCUGUUCUGAAGUACACCCUGUAGGUUGGUGUGCGACCCGUGGUAAGCCCCUUAUACCGCCACGCAGUAUAGAGGAUAAAUAUACUGAUUGGAAGAAAUUUCUAGUGAAACAGCUUACUGGUGCACGAACAUUGCCAGCAAAUUUUUACACUAAGUUAAAUGACAGUCUUGUAUCAAGGUUUUCAAUAGGAUCAAUAAUGGAAGUCGUAGAUAAAAAUAGAAUUUCACAAGUAAAGGUAGCAAGCGUUUGUGAAAUAAUUGGUAAGAGAUUACAUGUGAAAUAUUAUGACAGCUCACCAGAAGACAAUGGUUUCUGGUGUCACGAGGAUUCACCUCUUAUCCAUCCAGUCGGCUGGGCGUUCAGAGUGGGCCAUCCACUGGAUGCACCUCAGAGUUAUUGUCAGAGAGUCGCAGCCGGAAGAUACAUUCCUAACGAUACUACUCCUGAAAUGUUUUACAAGUAUCCAAGUGAUGAACCACCUUUAUUUUCGGAAGGAAUGAAGCUCGAAGCCAUAGAUCCUCUCAACUUAUCGGCCGUAUGCGCCGCAACUGUGAUGCAAAUUCUGAACGAGGGUUACAUGAUGAUUAGGAUAGAUUGCUACCCAGCUGACGCUUCUGGUGCUGACUGGUUUUGCUAUCACCAAAGGUCACCGUGUAUCUUCCCUGUGGGAUUCGCCCUUUCGAACAAUAUACCUCUCGUUCCUCCGGCUGGCACGUCGGCGGAGCAGUUCCGCUGGGAGGAGCACCUGCAGGGCGCGGGCGCGGCAGGGCGGGCGCUGUUCGCGGCGCGCGGACACGUAGUGUCGCACGGGUUCGUGGCCGGCAUGCGCCUGGAGUGCGCCGACCUCAUGGACCCGCGCCUCGUGUGCGUGGCCACCGUCGCGCGCGUCGUCGCCGAUCUGCUCAAGGUGCACUUCGACGGGUGGGGCUCGGAGUACGACCAGUGGCUGUGGGCGCACAGCACGGACGUGUACCCCGUGGGCUGGUGCCGCGCCGUGGGGCACCGCCUGGAGGGCCCGCUGCAGCCGCCGCCGCGCGCCGCGCGCCGCCCGCCCGCGCGCGCCGCCCGCCGCCGCCGCCGGCUCGCGACGAAAGUUUCUUCUCAACCUCCAAACACAACCGAAGAGAGUUCUCAAAAUUCAGACAUAGGAGACACAAAGAGUCUCUCACCGCCCACAAGUGUGUCCGAAGUAUCAGCGGACACGGAACUAAGACCCGAGGAACAGACUUCUUGCGUUAAGAUGGAAGUAGACCUGGAGCCUCAAAUUGCACCGGUUGAAGAACGACUUGAACAUGUUAACCAGGAUAAAUUGAGUACUCCUGCUGAUGUUUUGCAAGAUUGCUCUGAAGAUGUAAAACAAGAAGCACCAGAGACACCAUUGAAGAGUGAAGACGAUAAAGUGAUACCCAGACUAGUCAAUACCAGUGUACCCCUAGACAUACUAAAUUCAGUUGACCCAGAAAACUGGACGACAGUCGACGUCGCCAAGUUCCUCACAGUCAAUGACUGCCAACCAUAUUGUGUUAACUUCAACCAUAUAACAGGGUCCAUGAUGCUCCAACUAUCAAAGGAUGAAAUAAUAGAGCUCCUUGAAAUGAAAGUAGGACCUUCUUUGAAAAUAUUUGACCUAAUCCAACAAUUAAAGUGUAAAAUUAAGCAGCCUCAGUGUAGAUUACUCGGUAGCUUCAAGUAAUAUUUGCUUUGGGAUGAGUUAUCCUACAUAAAGAGACUUUUUAGGUGAUAAUAGUUUUAGUUUGAGCAGUUUAAAAUCAUUACACAAUGAAAACUGCUUUGUUAGUGUAGCUAGCAGUGUUGAAUGACUAUUUUAUAAAAUAGUAUUUGCACAUUUAUUGAUUGGAUUAAGAAAAGUGCAUUUUUUUAAUGAUAAUCAUAUUUAAAAUAUUGAAAAUAACUUGUUUAUAAAAAUUUGAACCACAUCUUUUAAUUUGGCCAAACUUGACGAAAGAAGUUUUUAUUCCUGCAAGUGUUAACAUAAUAUUGUAAGUUACGAAUCCAGUUGGAUAAGCUUUGUGUGGAAUUGCGAGCUAGAUUUUGCAUUUAUUUGUAUUUUAUGUUUUUCCUAUAUUUAUUAAUAAUGAAUCAUUAAAAACAUAUGAUAACACGCUUUAAGGAAACAACGCGUAUGUUAUGAUAAAAAUAAUAACCAUUAUUUCAUCGAGUUAUAAAUUAAUGCACAAUCCAUUGAAUGGCACUAUUGCCUAACUUAUUUAAGUCGAAAUUUUAAUACGAGUCGCUUCAUAUAAAAAAAAAAUGAUAUUUUAUUCAAUCUUUUAUAGUUCAACUUUUAAAGGGUACUUUUAUUAUUGGACUUGUUAUAAUCAGUGUUGGUUUUAUAUUAGUAUAAUGUAUGUCGAAUUGAGUAUCAAUUUACAGAAGUAUAUUUUUUCAAUUGAAAUAAAGUAAGUUUAACUACUUUUUGUAAUAGGAACUGCAGGUUGUUAUUAAAUAUACCAAACUUUUUACAAAGAAACUAAAGAGGAAAGAGGUCAAAAAUUUAUACCUGAAUUAAUCUAAGCUUACAAUACGACAGACAUGAUUCAAUAAUAAAAACUAGUGUCAUUACCAAAACUAAACUAUUCGAAAAUAAAUUAAUGUAAAUACCUCGCUAUUGUAUUACUAGGUGUAUUGUGAUGAAAACUCGAAGAUAUCAAAUCGACUUCAUUACUAACUUUAAAUUCUAUUACAUUCUACUUACUACCUAUAACAAAAAGAAAUAAUGAAAUUGCUGUUUUAAUAAAAUAAUAUUGUUUGAUAUAGAAAAUCAUGGCAAUAAUAUAUCCUAAUUUGAUUAUCGUUUUUAAACCUGUAAUAAUAUUUUGACUAAUAUUAUAAUGAAUUAAAUAUAUAUAAAUUAUUUUUGUUUCAUUGAUAUGUCGAUUUUUAAAAGACCAGGAUUUUAUUCUUAUCUUUGGAAGAAAAGAUAAACAUAUUCAAACUAGUCGACUGUGGUUAUUUUAAUUGGUUAGAAAUUCUAUUAUGUUAGAAAGAAAUACAAACAUUCCUAAUUCUAAAAUAUUUUGAAUGUUUUAGCAUCACCAUAUAUAGUGUAAUAUCACUCGUAAUAAAUAGACUGAACUCCUAAAUAUUGUGACUAUGAAAUUUUAGAUGAUAAUCAAAUUGCCUUUGUUUAAGUGACUUAUAUUAAUAUGAACAUAUAUCAUAGAAAUACACGUGUUUUAGUGAUGAUUGCCCUGGAAAUAAAUAAUGCUGAUAUAGUUAA